AUGAGAAAUCAUUCAUCAGUGACAGAGUUCAUUCUCUUGGGAUUGAUAGAUGACCCACAGUUAGAGAUCUUGAUUUUCCUCUUUCUAUUUUUUACCUAUAUAUUGAGUGUAACUGGCAACCUGACCAUCAUCACUCUCACUCUGCUGGACUCUCGCCUCAAGACUCCCAUGUAUUUCUUCCUUAGGAAUUUCUCCUUCUUAGAAAUAUCAUUUACAUCUGUUUCCAUUCCAAGGUUUCUGGUCAGUAUAAUAACCAAAGAAAAAACAAUUUCUUAUAAUUCUUGCAUGGCCCAAGUAUUCUUUUUUAUCUUUCUUGGUGCAACAGAAUUUUUUCUGCUAGCUGCCAUGUCCUAUGAUCGCUAUGUGGCCAUCUGCAAACCCCUACACUACAUGAAUAUAAUGACCCCCAAAGUCUGUAGCCAGCUUGUAAUCAGCUCUUGGCUGGCAGGUUUUAUCCUUAUCUUUCCACCAGUCAUCAUGGGCCUUCAAUUAGAUUUCUGUGAUUCCAAUGUGAUUGAUCACUUCUCCUGUGACCCUUCUCCAAUGCUUAUGAUCUCUUGCACAGACACAAAAAUAUUAGAGACUGUGAUUUUUUCCAUGGCUGUAAUCACACUCAUGGUCACUUUGGCUUCAGUGAUUCUCUCGUAUGCAUUCAUCCUUCAAACCAUUCUAAGAAUUCCUUCUGCCCAGCAAAGGAAAAAGGCCUUUUCUACUUGUUCUUCCCACAUGAUUGUUGUCUCCAUCUCUUAUGGAAGCUGUAUCUUCAUGUAUGUCAAACCCUCAACAAAGGAAGGAGUGAUUUUGAACAAAGGGGUAGCAGUGCUGAAUACUUCUAUUGCCCCUAUGCUGAACCCCUUCAUUUAUACCCUAAGAAACCAACAAGUGAAGCAAGUCUUUAAAGACAGGGUAAAAAAGAUUUUUUUCUCACAAAAUAAGUAA